GUAUCCGAAUCUCCCAAAAUCGGAUCGGCCGCCAUACCUCCCGGACUUGCGUCUCCGCCAGUUCGAGUUCACGCAAGUGGACCCGUACUCACCGAAGAUGAUCAACUUCGCCGGUAUCGUGUCAAUCGUCCUGUUCUACGUGCUGAUCCUGGCUGUUGGAAUAUGGGCGGCGAGGAAGAAGGAAGCUGGCAACGACUCGGAGGAGGAGGUGAUGCUUGCAGGCCGUUCGAUCGGCCUGUUCGUAGGGAUAUUCACGAUGACGGCGACCUGGGUCGGCGGUGGAUACAUCAACGGCACCGCGGAAGCUAUCUACACGAGGGGCCUCGUAUGGUGUCAAGCUCCUUUCGGAUACGCGCUCAGCCUCGUUUUUGGUGGAAUAUUCUUCGCGAACAAAAUGCGAGAACAGGGGUACAUCACGAUGUUAGAUCCUCUUCAAGACGCGUUCGGGGAACGUAUGGGAGGUCUUCUUUUUCUUCCUGCGCUAUGCGGUGAGGUGUUCUGGGCCGCGGGUAUCCUUGCAGCUUUGGGCGCGACGCUGGCAGUCAUCAUCGACAUGAAUCAGAGCGCCUCGGUUAUUUUGAGCGCUUGUAUCGCAGUUUUCUACACGCUAUUCGGGGGUCUUUACUCUGUCGCUUAUACCGAUGUUAUUCAACUUUUUUGCAUCUUCAUAGGAUUGUGGAUGUGUAUUCCAUUCGCUUGGACCAAUCCGAAGGUACAGUCUCUUAAGUCUAUGGAGGUGGAUUGGAUCGGUGAAGUGAAACCUGGGGAAUAUUGGUCUUACGUGGAUUAUGGUCUUUUGUUGAUAUUCGGCGGUAUCCCUUGGCAGGUAUAUUUUCAACGUGUCCUGUCCUCAAAGACUGCUGGAAGAGCGCAAGUGUUGAGCUACGUAGCUGCGAUUGGCUGCAUUAUCAUGGCCAUACCACCUGUCCUGAUCGGCGCGAUCGCCAAAGCAACGCCUUGGAACGAGACAGGCUACACCGGCCCGUAUCCCUUCACCGAGGCUGAGACAAGCAUGAUUCUGCCGAUGGUUUUGCAGUAUUUGACGCCAGAUUGUUCCUUUUUCGGGUUAGGGGCAGUGUCAGCGGCGGUGAUGUCCUCGGCGGACAGUAGCAUCCUUUCGGCUAGUUCCAUGUUCGCCAGAAACGUUUAUAAAUUGAUCUUCCGCCAGAGGGCGUCCGAAAUGGAGAUCAUCUGGGUGAUGAGAGUGGGGAUAGGCGUGGUCGGGGUGCUGAGCACGGUGAUGGCGUUGACGAUACCCUCGAUCUACGGCCUCUGGUCCAUGUGCUCGGACCUUGUCUACGUGAUCCUCUUCCCCCAGCUGUUGAUGGUGGUCCACUUCAAAGAGUACUGCAACACUUACGGCAGUCUGGCCGCUUACAUAAUAGCGUUCACCGUUAGGAUCAGCGGUGGCGAGCCCCUGAUGGGGCUGCCCGCCCUCAUACAUUACCCGGGCUACGACGAGGAGACGAACACCCAGGCGUUUCCCUUCAGAACCAUGGCCAUGCUGAUGUCGUUGGUGACCCUGGUGGGCGUCUCGUACGGCACCCAGGUGGCCUUCCUUACCGGCAGGCUUGCGCCCGGAUACGAUUUCUUCAGGUGCGUGGUCAACAUACCGGAGGACGUGGAGAGGGUCGGCCCUGACCCGGCCGAGGGCGAGCAGAUGGCCGUGUUGGCGGCCGGUAUCGGCAGGCUGUACGGCAGCAAGGACGAAUCGAACGGCCGAGUCAAUCCUGCGCUCGAGCCGGACUACGACAUGGAGCCGGGAUGCGAUAAGGCGGCCGGGGAACCGGAAGCUGUUGUCGGCGGGGGUGGCGGGGGCGGGGCUGGGGCGCACCUCGUGCCCCACGGCCCGAACGUGCCACGACAGCCGCAAUCCAGCACCGCGUUCUAAUCCCUGGUUCCGUGUUCGGAUGCUGUGACCAACAAUAAGUGCGGCGGUGCAGGUCUGUUUCUUUUACGUUUCUCUUACGUUCCUCCCUCCCUCCCUCCCUGUUUUCGUCGAAUUCAUCGAUCGAUUCGCGUGAAACCUCGGUCGGAUUCCCGUAAAAAAGAAUCGUAUUGUAUUUUUGAUUACAAUUUCCUUUUUCUAGAAUAUAGGGAUAGAGUAUAGUCUCUUCGAGGAGAGUAUAAUUGUAAAGGAGAGAAGCGUAGUUUUCUGAAUGUAACGUUUCACGCGACACGAUCAAAUGGUUUAAUUGGUUUAAUUAUUUACCUACUCUCUUCUUCUGGAUCUUUUCGCUGUCUCUCGUGUAGUACACUGGACGAUUUAUUUUUUCGAUCGGGCCACGAAAUUUUGAUUAAUUUUUGCGCACACUUAGCGCGCAAAAUUGUUCUCUUGCUUUUCAGACAUAUUUUUUGAAACGAAUUACGAAUACAAGUCUUACGAGGCGAGGAAAUUUUAAAAAUUUGGAACUGUGUUAUACGAGAGUAGUCAGUAUUUGUAUAUCUUGGAGAAAAGUUUUAUAAGGAAAGAAUGCGCGCAUAUAUAUCGGUUCUUAUCGAAAUUGUUCGACAAGAAUUAGACGAUUUCGAUUUCGAGAUAGAAGAACCGCGAAGGAAAUAAACGCGCGAAUCUCUCUAAUUUUUUUUCUUUUAUUUAAAAAUAAUUUCGCGAAAGAAUUGAAAUUUCAAUCCUUCCAAAUUGUUUUUAUAUCCCCUUCUAUCCCCUCUCCUUACGUCCACGAAGCUACGAAACAUAUAUAUCCGCGAAUUUUCCUUUCGUAAUUACGUAAUUUACACGUAGUGAUCACAGUUCUGUGUAAGUACCUGUGUUCGAAAAUGCUGAUUCGUCCUCUUCGAGCGGCGGGAAAAGCGAGUAAAGAAGUGUGAAAGAGGACGAAUGAGCGAAAACUGGAACUGGAAAGGGGAAAUGUGCAAUACUAGAGAGAGAAAAAAAAGAAAUCGGAGCUUCUUGGACAGUUUGGUGAGGUUUCGUUGUUAUCCCCUGUGCCGCCAAUUAGGCCUAGUGAUCUGUUCCUUUUUUUGUAGAAAUAUAAUAUAUAUAUAUAUACACACACACACAUACACAUACAUACGUAUAUAUACGCAAUUACGCGUAAACACACGCUUGCGUAAUUGCGCAUGUAUACGUGUACCAUGUAUUUAGAGUUUAUCGAAUUGCUUGAGAAAACUAACGUCUUGAUGCACGACCGAUCCGUCCCUCCCCCUUCGUUUAUCACGAAGCGUAUUUUAGAAAAUUAAACCAAUAUAUCUCGACGAGUAUCUCGUUCGUUAAAAGCUCGUUAACUCGUGGCGAGCGGCUAUAUAGGUGGGCGUAUAUAUAUAUAUAUAUAUAGGGUUUAUAAAUUAACGUUACAUAUCGAGUUUUUUAGAAUGGGUUAUCGAUCGUUAGAUUCAUCGUUGUCAUUUAGCGUCUCUUCCAUUGCGUACGACUCGACGACGAGUCCUCAGUUCAUCCCCUUCAUCGUUCCUCAUGCGUGCUCGCACGGUGUUAAUGUCGCAUCCUCAUGAAAUUUUAUUCGAAUUCGCUCUGUCUCGGUCUCGGUGUUAGAGGAGAUAGAUAAAAGUAAGCGAGAAAUACAUAAACGUCGUUAAGAGGCUUUUGUACUUGCGAUCGAUCGUUCUUCCCCUGCUUGAAGUCUGAUGCGAAGGAGCAUACAUAUCAUUGUUUAUAUUAUUAUUAAGAGUGGAGACGAAGUGGAAGUUAGGUGUCGUAAAGCGUUGGCCUGUUCACGUAGCCGCUCGUCCAAAUCUUCGAGAUUUUUCGCGUGACUCGCGCGAGUCAUGGCCGAUCCGAACUCUUUCUUCGGAGGAGAAUUUUCACUCGAAACGAUGAAUUAAAAAGGAAAAUUGGAUUUCUUUUCAAAAAAUUAACAAUUGGCUCUUGCAAUUAAGCUUAUUGCAAUAAUUUAUCUAUAUUCGAGUCUAUUCCAUUAUUAUUAAUUUCACCAUUGAUUCGAAACGUAUCGAUGAUUUUCAAAUUUUUGAGAAGGAUAGGAAUAAGUAUAGUACGAUUUCAUGUUUAUAAUACGAACAAGUAUAGAAUCUUUAUACAAAUAUUGCUUCAAUUAUAAUACUACCAACUUCUUUCUACAAACGUUCCAUUGAAUGAGCCAUCGAGCACGAUGCGCGAGUCAACGGAAGAUCGUUCACAGACGAAUCGGUUGUUGCACGGAUUCGUUGUGUUUAUUAUAUAGUAUAUAUACAUAUAUAUAUAUAUACACAUACACACA